GCUGCGACUCCCUCCGCAUUUAAGCGCGACAGUGGUCCACGCUCGACCCGAAGUCGUGACGCUUCGCCGCCGACUCGAGACCGAUGGCCGCGGCGGAGGCGUUGGAGGAGAAGCAGGCGGAUGCUACGCAGGCUCCCCGGGCCCGGUCGCCGCGGCGGUACACGGACCUCUGCGGGCGCCACCGGCUGCAGGCGCGGGUCCAGCUCUUGAGUCGGGAGAUCGGCUUCCUUGAGGAGGAGUUACAAUCAGUUGAAGGGCUUCAACCUGUCUCUGUAUGCUGCAAAGAGUAUGUUAUAUUCAGCUUCUCUCUCUUAAACAAGGUUGAUAAAUAUGUAGGGACAACUCCAGAUCCUUUAAUCCCAACAUAUAAGAAGAGACAUAAGUCCUGCUGCUUCUCGAGGUGGCUCCGGGCAAUGGUUUGCUUCAAUGCGACAUGCUUCACCGGUGGUUGCUCGAGCUGGCAGAACAGACCUUGUUGCACUCGUAGACCCAACGGGUCCUGCUCCUCUAGUGGUGGAUACCCUAGCAGAAGCUGCUGCAGCGUUUCCUGCUCCAGAUUGCGCUGUGUCAUCCCAAGACUCUCGUGUCCUGGAUAUUCUUGUGGAUGUGUCUGUUCUUGUUCCAACUGUACCAAGAAACAUGCCUAGUGAGCACUGCUUUUCCAAUAAAAGAACAGGUAAUUUCUCUCUGUUUCAUACUUGGUUUAUUCUGUUGCCUACUGAAAACAAAGGCAAAUAUCAUGUUGAUGGGAUUCGAAAGGUAAAAGCUGUUCACAACACUUUUCCAUAAUCUUAAGUGCUUGACAAAACUGGGAUACCAACCUCACAUACCUUCUCUAUCAUGAAGCCAGAUGAAUUAUUAUGUAGUAAUUUCUGGUUAUUCUGCAUUAAAUCAAGCUACCAAUCAUAUGACCAUAUCCUAAUAAUUCUUGUUUCUGAAGUUGUGUGUGGCCUCAUAUUGUACUCUCUUUUAUAGCUAAAUCUGUGCAUACUUUGGAGGGUGAGUCACACUAAACACCUCUGAUAUGUGAACUAGAAAGAUUCACCUUCAAGACAGAUAAGCUUGGCACCAUUGAGAAGCAUAUUUUGACUAACCAUUAUGCUCUUUCUUUCUACCUAUGAGGCCACAUAUGAGGUACACUUCAGCUAUAUUCUCUUUCGGUGAUCUACUUUUAGAGGCUCUGUUGAUUUGUUCUAAAGUAUCCACUACCAGUUGAUCUAAUUGGUUUUUUAGAAGCAUGAAAUGGCAAUGGGAACAAGAAGAUAUCUCAUACUGACAUCUUGUGUGUCAUCAAUGCUGAUGGUCUUGUGUGUGUGUGUUUUUUUUCAUUACACUAAAAUGGAUUAUCUAUGUUUUUUUUUUUCUCAACACAGCUUUCUAUAUUUUUCUACCGAGGUUUAGGUCGAACAUUAAUAGUGUUGUAAAUGAUUAUCGUUAGAAAGGGAAAAACAAGAUAUAAAGAGAUGUGAAAUGAAAUAAAUAUUUUUUUUAUUAAUCUUAAU